AUGCUCUACAGCCUCAUUGCCUUCGCUGGCUUAGUCUUCGCCGGGGCGCGGCAGGCUACGCCGUCGGAUCUGCUCAGCACAUAUGACUACAUCGUCGUUGGGUCCGGGCCCGGAGGAGGCCCGCUCGCGGCACGGCUGGCCAUCGCUGGCAAGACGGUGCUUCUCAUCGAGGCCGGUGACGAUCAGGCAGGCGCUGCACCUUAUGAGGUCCCUGCCCUGAGCCUGCAAGCAAGCGAGUACGAUUCGAUGAGAUGGGACUACUACGUGAACCACUUCAGCAAGCUCGCCACGCAAGCAAAGGACUCAAAGAUGACCUACACAACACCUUCUGGCGAGCUGUAUAUAGGGCUCAACCCACCUGCUCGCUCCACUCCCAAAGGCAUCCUCUACCCCCGAGCGGCUGCGCUUGGCGGCUGUAGCGCUCACAAUGCCCUUAUCAGCGUCUACCCACACAAAAGUGACUGGGACGGUAUCGCAACUCUCACGGGGGACAGCUCAUGGUCAUCGUCUAAUAUGCGUCAGUACUUUCAGCGGCUCGAGAACUGCACCUACGGCGGCAGUGUCAUGGGUCACGGGUUCAGCGGAUGGCUGUCAACAAGCCUGGCAUCUCUCACGCUUGUUGUAGAAGAUCUCAAGCUGUUGCGGAUUGUCCUUAACGCGGUCGUCUCGAUGGGGCAGGGCGGGCUGAUCACGUAUCUCAUCACUAGCGUCGCCGGACUGGCUGGAGUUCUCCUGACAGACCUCAACAACGACUCACCUUCACGGGACUCGACUCAAGGUGUGUAUCAGAUGCCGAUUGCUGCCGAUGACGGCGUCCGCUCUAAUCCACGCAACUUCAUCCUCGAUACGGCCAACGCGCUGAAGGAGGACGGGUCACGAAAGUAUCAUCUCGAUAUCUCACUCAAUACGCUCGUCACCAAGGUUCAAUUCAACCGCACCGGCUCCAGGUCUCGUGCCGCGGGCGUGGAGUUUAUCCGCGGGCAGAGUCUAUAUCGUGCGGAUCCCAGGUCCGGUGGAGUCAGGGGCGGCGUGCGUGGCUCCGUCAAGGCUGCCCAGGAAGUCAUCCUCGCCGCGGGUUCAUUCAAUACGCCGCAGUUGCUCAAACUCAGUGGCAUCGGACCACGCGCCGAACUCUCUUCACUGGGCAUAUCCGUCGUUGCCGACCGUCCGGGAGUCGGGACCAAUCUCCAGGACCGCUACGAGACCACCGUAGUCGGCCAGGCGGCGUCCGAUUUCGCCGUCAUCCACGGUUGCACCUUUUAUCGCAAUGGCGCCUCGGAUCCCUGUUUCCAAAAGUGGCAGAAUGGCAUAGGGGCAACGCUCAAGGGUGUCUACGCCUCGAAUGGCCUCGCCGUCGCCAUCGUCAAGAAGUCUGGCGCGGCCGCGACCACCGACGAUCCGGACAUCUUCAUGGCGGGCGCACCUGUCUACUUCCGGGGAUACUUUGACGGGUAUUCAGACAAUGCCACGGGUGACGCGACUCACUGGUCGUGGCUCGUGCUCAAGGCCCACAGCCGCAAUCGCGCCGGCACGGUGACGCUGCGGUCGAAGGAUCCGCGCGAUCCGCCGGUCAUCAAUUUCAACUCGUACAACGAUCCGGCCGAGGCUGCACUUGAUACGGCGGCAUCGGUGGAGGGCAUGCGGUUUGCGCGCGGUAUGCUGGCCUCGGUGGGUGGACUCACUGAGGUGUGGCCUGGGCCCGCAGUGUCCGAUGCCCAGCUGGGCUCCUGGAUACAGAACGAGGCAUGGGGCCAUCACGCCUGCUGCACGGCCCCCAUCGGUGCGAGCACUGACCCGAUGGCUGUUCUGGACUCACAAUUCCGGGUGAUUGGCGUGGAUGGCCUGCGUGUCGUUGAUGCAUCUGCCUUUCCCAAGAUCCCGGGCUUCUUUAUCGCUGUGCCUGUCUAUAUGCUUAGUGAGAAAGCGGCGGAUGUAAUAUUGAACCAGUCAUCGUAG